UCCAGAGAUGUAUGAGGUUUUUACUGGGAGCUGAAAUGUCUGCAGAGGUCAUCAGCGAAGCCAUUAAAGAUAUCACUUAUUUUUAAGUAUUAAUCGCUGAGUUUCUGACCACAUUCUGCAGACCGUCACAGCUGUAAAAGGAGCUGCAGUUACACUAAGUGUUUGGGGUCACUUUGCUGAACAAAGACAGCAGAGACAAGUAUCUCUUACAUCCAUAUCUGGACUGAUUUCAGUUGGCUCAGUGUGAGGUUUUGCAUUUGUGGUCCAUAGCCGGGGUGGAGACAAGGCAAGGCUUCCUGAAUGGAAACGGGUAUCAGGUGAAAAUCUGACUGCCUUAUAUAGGACAGACACUGGAAAAAAAAGACAUUUUGCAAAACUCAGCGAGGAUACACAAGUGUACGACUGGGACAGACCUUGAAAAGAAAAAAAAGUGCUGUUAAAAAACAGUGAGGCUUUAACAAGAUAUCUCCAGCUGUCUGUUUGUCCUCAAGAGGAAAUCAUCUCUCAUCCAACAUGAAGUAUCUUGUCCUGGGGCUGUUUUCACUGGCGCUGCUGGGAUUCGUCUGUGCGCAGACCACACAGGAUGAUUCAGCACAGGGUAGGCCUAUCACAAUGAUGCCAUACAAUGACACCUCUGAUCCAACACAGCCUUUCAGUAACAUCACUACUAACAACGACGACGACAACGACAACAACAACAACAACUACAACAACAACAACAACAACAUGCCCACAGGGUCCAAUCCCAACAGUAGCCAGAAACCCACAGCCGGCCCCCUGCCGGCACUCAAACCCACAGUGACCAAGAGCACGGGAGGCAAAACUACAAAGAGCGGACAGAGCCGCAUCUUCACCUCUGUCAGUCUGCUGCUCGGAUCAUUUCUUCUUCAAGCCCUUUGGCAAUGAGCGCCCUCUUGAGGCUCACAGCUGGAGGGAGUCAGUACUCUUGAUUACGUCACAAAUCUGAGUUUUUAGAAUAUUUUAUAUAGAGGAAAUACACGUUCAGACACACACAUCUCGUGUGUGAGAUUAAGAAAUGUUUUUUGAGUCUCAGCUAUAGAGCCAAGUUAUUAAUCAACCAGAUAGUAAUUUUGACAGAUUCUGAAUCAGAUUCUGCACUGAUAAAUGAAGGAAGAAGUAGAUAUCUGUUAAUCAUUAUGAGUUUAAGUUUGUUUGCAUUGUGAAGUGAUUGCUGCAGCCUGAUCCGUAGGCCACAUUUACACUUUGUACAUAGCCACUGUAGGUCUAUUUAUCAUCCUUUGUAAAAACGUUU